AUCGGAGGUGGGCGGGGCCUUCCUGGUAAACUACUCCUGUGAGCAGCGCGGCGUCACCGCAGCUCUGUAAUUUCUGCGCACAUUUUCGGUGAAGAAAAAAAAUCCACAACAACAGGCCGGAAUUUCUCCCCCGUGCCCUCACCUUCGUGUCUGGCCCUCCUAAAAAAACCCCGUGGCGUUUUAUUUUUGCGCGUCACAUCCCCCUGGCGCGAGGAAUGUAGCGACGGAGCGCUUUAAAAAUAGCAUCCUCUCCUCUGACAGCGCAGCUCCGGAGGCUCCGCGGCACUGUGCUGCGAGCAGCAGGAAUGCGAAGAUGGCUGCAGACUUGGGAGAGCUGCUGGUCCCUUACAUGCCCACCAUCAGAGUCCCCAGAACCGGAGACAGGGUCUUCAAGAGCGAGUGCGCCUUUUCCUUCGACUCCCCCGAGUCCGAGGGAGGCCUCUAUGUGUGCAUGAACACAUUCCUGGGCUUUGGUCGAGAGCACGUAGAGAGGCAUUAUCGCAAAACGGGGCAGAGUGUUUACAUGCACCUGAAACGCCACGUCAAAGAGAAAACCACAGGAGCUGCAGGCGGUGCAAUCCCCAGACGAAGAAAUGGAAAAGUCUUUCUAGAUCUAGAGCUUAACCGAGAUUUUAAUGGUGAGGACUUUGAAUAUGAGGAUGAGGCCAAGCUCGUCAUUUUUCCAGACCACUUCGAGAUCCCUUUACCAAACAUUGAGGAGUUACCCGCUCUGGUGACGAUUGCCUGUGAUGCAGUUCUCAACGCGCCGUCAGCUUACAAGAAGCAGGAGCCCGAGUCCUGGGAGGAGGAGAUCCAGGUCUCCAGACACGCCCGAAGCCUUAGACAGCUGGAUAACGGGGUUCGGAUCCCACCCAGUGGCUGGAAGUGUCAGAAAUGCGAGAUGAGGGAAAACCUGUGGCUCAACCUGAAAGACGGAGCGGUUCUGUGUGGGAAGUGGUUCUUUGAUGGGAGCGGGGGCAACGGCCAUGCUCUGGAGCACUACAAAGAAACCAACUUCCCGCUGGCAGUCAAACUGGACACCAUCACCCCGGACGGAGCAGAUGUCUAUUCGUUUGAGGAGGAAGAAGCCGUUUUGGACCCACAUAUAUCAGAGCACUUAUCACACUUUGGAAUAGACAUGCUACAAAUGCAGAAAAGAACAGAGAAUGGACACCACACAGAAAACACUUCCCGGUUGCGGGUCAGUGAAUGGGAGGUGAUCCAGGAGUCGGGGAUGAAGUUGAAGCUGGUGUACGGUUCUGGGUACACGGGCAUCAAGAACCUAGGAAACAGCUGCUACCUGGGCACAGUGAUGCAGGUUCUCUUCAGCAUCCCUGACUUUCAGAGGAUGUUUGUGGGUAAUCUUCAGAGGAUAUUUGACUAUUCGCCCCUCGACCCCACCCAGGACUUUGCGACACAGAUGGCUAAACUGGGACACGGACUGCUCUCAGGCCAGUACUCCAAACCACCCAUGAAAUCUGAGCUCAUUGAACAGGUGAUGAAAGAAGAACACAAGGUAUUAAAUGGGCAGCAGCAGAGAGGCAUCUCUCCUCGAAUGUUCAAAGCUCUGGUGAGCAGAGGACACCCGGAGUUUUCCUCUAACCGACAACAAGACGCCCAGGAGUUCCUCCUGCAUGUCAUCAACCUGGUGGAGAGGAACAGCGCAGGUUUGGAGAAUCCCAGCGACAGCUUCCGCUUCCUGGUGGAGGAGCGGAUCCAGUGCUGUCAGACUCGCCGCGUUCGCUACAGCCAGCGAGUCGACUACUGCAUCCAGCUGCCGGCUCCCAUCGAGGCGGCGACCAAUCGAGAGGAGCUGCUGGCAUUCGAGGCCAAGCGAAAAGAAGCCGAGGAGAACAUGGGCACUCCUCCGGAACCAGUUCGGGCGCGGAUCCCUUUCACCGCCUGCUUACAGGCCUUCACAGAACCAGAAAAUGUCCCGGACUUCUGGAGCUCAGCGCUGCAGGCCAAAUCAGCUGGAGUCAAGACGUCCCGUUUUGCUUCUUUCCCAGAAUAUCUGAUUGUGCAGAUCAAGAAAUUCACAUUUGGAGUUGACUGGGUGCCGAAGAAGCUUGAUUUAACCAUCGACGUUCCAGACUUCUUGGAUCUGAGCCGGCUUCGAGCCACAGGGCUGCAGGCGAACGAGGAGGAGCUGCCGGAUCUCAUGCCUCCCAUAGUUCUCCCUGAAGACACCAGAGAAAACUCGAUGAGCUCUUCAGACUCUCCAGAGAUAGAUGAGACGGCGGUGAUGCAGCUGGCGGAGAUGGGCUUUCCACUGGAGGCCUGCAGGAAGGCGGUGUACUACACAGGAAACAUGGGACCUGAAAUGGCUUUUAACUGGAUCAUAGCACACAUGGAAGAGCCUGACUUCGCAGAACCUCUUACUUUGCCCUCCCUGAUGGAUCCUGGCCCCUCCACCAGUGACAGCCCAACGGGUGCCGCCCCCAUCGGAAACUCCCCCCCUGAGGAGAGCAUUUCCAUCCUAACAUCCAUGGGCUUCCCUCGGGCUCACAGCAUCCACGCCCUCAAAGCAACGAAUAAUAAUCUCGAACGAGCUCUCGAUUGGAUCUUCACUCACCCAGAGGAGGAGGAGACUGACGCUCUCUCCGACAUGGCUGACACCGAGCCCAAUGACAACGCCUUCUCCAGCGCUAAUUCACACAGUGACAACACGCUAUCUCCAGACAGGGAUGGAUCAGGCUCCCGAGUCAAAGACGGACCUGGACGAUACGAGCUCUUUGCCUUCAUCAGCCACAUGGGAGCAUCCACCAUGUCUGGGCAUUAUGUCUGUCAUAUCAAAAAAGAGGGGAGGUGGGUGAUCUACAAUGACCACAAAGUGUGCUUGUCAGAAAGACCUCCAAAAGACUUGGGCUACAUCUACUUUUACCAUCGACUGUCUAGCAGUUAAAGUCACUCCCCUCCUUCCCUCUUCCCUGUGAUCUUUAUAUAACCCGUCUUCCACCCAGAAGAGUGGCAGACAACUGCAAGAGCAGCUGCAGUGGAAAUCAUGGAAGAAAACUCACAAACCAGCUGAUUGCCUUAUCACUGUCAUUCAGCAGCAACCACAAACUGGUCAGAAAGGGAAGGCAGUUUGCUUUUAUGUGCAUCCGUGCAAUGUUUUUUUUUUGCUUUAAAUGUAUAUUUUAGAAAAAAAACAGAGGCUUUUUGUCACUGCAGGUACAGAGGGAUGCGUGCAAUUUCUACUUCUGGAGCAAUCUGGACACAAAUGACACAACAUAUCAAACAGGAUUGUUCCUCUUAUCUACCUUAAGUUACUGCGCAGCGCCUUCAAAGUGCAAAAUUUUAUAAAUGUAUUCUGAAACAGCAGUGCUUCACUGCCAGCCCCUAGAAAAAGCUCAGAAACUGCAGAAAAGAAGGCACUCCGUGCGUUUUGCAUCGACACGCAAAGACGCUUUUUCAUCACAAGGUAGCUGAGGUGUGAUUUAAACAAAAAGACAGUUUAUUUAGGUUUCAAAAGGAAUUUAAAACUUGGAAGUGUGAAUGUGCAGUAUCACUUAAUAACGCUGUCCUGAUUCACUUAGAGAAUAAUGUAAGAAGGAAGUUUUUGUGUCAUUAUACAUUGGGUGAGCUGUUAAAUUUCGUUGAAGCACUUUCUUUAGAUUCCGUGCCUGAAGCAGUAAAACUGACAAACAAUCGCCACUACAAGCAACUGAAUGUGAGUUUUUUACUUUUUACUUUUUGUUAAUAUAUAAAUCCAACUAUCGUCUCUAACCCCAUAAGACCCCUCAUACAUGGACAACACUUUUUGGGUUAUAUUACAACAGUAGCUAAUUUAUCUUAUGUCGAGGGUAAAUAUUAGCUUGGGUCUUAAGAGGCUAAAGAUACAUAAUUUAAUUCAAUAUGACUUUCACGUCAACAUAGUACUUUUAAUUUAUACUUUUGUUUUUAUUUGACAGCAAGUCUUUAUUUUAAUCUUGCUAAAAAAACGUUUUUUUUAAUAAUUUUGGCCAAUUCUUUAAAAACUUCUCGUUCCAGCUAUACAUUAACUCAAACAUGCACCUGCUGUAGUUCGGCUGCUUUAUCACCUUGACAGAUUCAGACUGUGACCUAAAAGGUAAAACAAAUGUUUUUCUUUGACUUGUUGCCAGUUUUCAGGUCAGUCGAUUCAUUUAUGCACCUGAACAUUUUCCAUAUCUGGAGCAUGCACUACAACCGGAACCACUGUUGAACUAACGGCAUCGUGAAAGCUGCACAGCGACCCGGAACUCCUCCUAGACCCUUUGCGUAGAAACAGAUCUGGCGCAGAGUUGAAUGUAUAAUAAUAUCUGUUACGGUGCUCUCUGCCAACAAACGCCACCUCAUAUUGUUAAAGCCUUAGAAACCAACAUGACCAUCUCUGAAUUUACCCAGAAUUCCAGUUAGACCAUGGAAAUAUUUCUGCAGAAUGUCGUUUUUUUUUUCAGAUGUUACAUCUCAAGACAUAUCAGAAUCACAGUUAAACUGGGGAUGGGCAAAUUACGACCCGGGGGCCACAUGCGCCCCAUUAAACUGUAUUGUCGUCCAAACUGAAAUAAACCAUAUUGAUAAUCCUUAAUGUUUUAUUUUCUCUGUAAUUUUGAUGGUUCUCCAUAAAUCACACUCAACGAAAAUUAUGACCAUUGUUUAGGUGCAGGGAGUUAUUUUUCAUUCAUGAAGAUUUUAUGUUUUUCUGAUGUUCAUGUGUAUUUUCCGAGUCGAACAGCCAUUUCUCCAACACCACUUGAAUGCAGCAUUUCAACACAUUAACGCAUCAGUGCAAUUGGUACUAAAAUAAUAAAAAAAAAACAACAACACAAUUUUGAAAUAAAAAACACAACAAAAUGUUCAGUUUAAAAAUUUGCAUUUCAAAUUUCAAUUAAAAUUAAAGCGUGUUUUUGCCCAGACUGUGGAUUUGUCUGUCCCUUAGUGACCCACGUGUCAAAAAGUUAGCCCAACAAUGGUUAAAAAUCGAAUCCACAACUUUAACUUUAGAAGCUGCAUGGCUUUGGAAUGUGGUGAAAUUGUCUUUCAAUCUCUAAUUUGUUCAAAGAAAACCAAAAAAUUGAGUGUAAAUGAAAAAAAAAGUAGUUAUCUUGGCUUAAGAUGACUAAACAACUCUGACUUAAAUCGACAAAAAAUAUAAGCUGUUUACAGCCUAAAAUAAAUAUUUUUUUGCUAUCAAAAAAGUAUUUUGAUGUUGGAUUUUACAUUACGGAAGACGAAAAUGGCCUUACUUUAAAAAAAAAAAA